AUGCAGCUCACAGCAGGUAACCACCAUACAGCUCACAGCUCAGGGAACCACCAUACAGCUCACAGCUCAGGGAACCACCAUACAGCUCAGGUAACCACCAUACAGCUCACAGCUCAGGGAACCACCAUGCAGCUCAGGGAACCACCAUGCAGCUCACAGCACAGGGAACCACCAUGCAGCUCACAGCUCAGGGAACCACCAUGCAGCUCAGGGAACCACCAUGCAGCUCACAGCACAGGGAACCACCAUGCAGCUCACAGCUCAGGGAACCACCAUACAGCUCACAGCACAGGUAACCACCAUACAGCUCACAGCUCAGGGAACCACCAUGCAGCUCAGGGAACCACCAUGCAGCUCACAGCACAGGUAACCACCAUACAGCUCACAGCUCAGGGAACCACCAUGCAGCUCACAGCACAGGGAACCACCAUGCAGCUCACAGCUCAGGGAACCACCAUACAGCACAGCUCAGGGAACCACCAUGCAGCUCACAGCUCAGGGAACCACCAUGCAGCUCACAGCACAGGGAACCACCAUGCAGCUCACAGCUCAGGGAACCACCAUACAGCUCACAGCACAGGGAACCACCAUACAGCACAGGUAACCACCAUACAGCUCACAGCUCAGGGAACCACCAUACAGCUCACAGCACAGGUAACCACCAUACAGCUCACAGCUCAGGGAACCACCAUGCAGCUCACAGCACAGGGAACCACCAUACAGCUCACAGCACAGGUAACCACCAUACAGCUCACAGCACAGGUAACCACCAUGCAGCUCACAGCUCAGGGAACCACCAUGCAGCUCACAGCUCAGGGAACCACCAUGCAGCUCACAGCACAGGGAACCACCAUGCAGCUCACAGCUCAGGUAACCACCAUGCAGCUCACAGCACAGGGAACCACCAUACAGCUCACAGCUCAGGGAACCACCAUGCAGCUCACAGCUCAGGGAACCACCAUGCAGCUCACAGCUCAGGGAACCACCAUACAGCUCACAGCACAGGUAACCACCAUGCAGCUCACAGCUCAGGGAACCACCAUACAGCUCACAGCUCAGGGAACCACCAUGCAGCUCACAGCUCAGGGAACCACCAUGCAGCUCACAGCUCAGGGAACCACCAUGCAGCUCACAGCUCAGGUAACCACCAUGCAGCUCACAGCUCAGGGAACCACCAUGCAGCUCACAGCUCAGGGAACCAAGGACAUCCAGCAGUUGUUGCAGUUGCAGCAGUUGGUGUUGAUGCCGGGACAUCCUCUCCAGUCCACAGCUCAGUUCCUCCUGUCUCAGCCGGGACAGUCCCAGCAGACACAACAAUCUCUGCUCUCCUCCACAAACCUGAUCCAGCUACCUCAGCAGAACCCCGGGGCCCUGCUCACCACUCCCUCACGCCUGGGACUGCCGCCACAGAGGGAGAAGAGCAGUGAUGUGGUGUCCAGCGGCAGCAGCAGCAGCUCCAUGGUGGGUCCCAGCUCUGGCUCCGUGGGUGCAGUCUCCUCCGGACCCUCCCCAGUCUCCACCUCCUCCAUGCCCCCCACCUCUCUGGCCUCCUCCUCCCUGCCCACGGGCCUCGGCUCUGGGGCACACAUGAGCGAGGAGCCCAGUGAUCUGGAGGAGCUGGAGCAGUUCGCCCGCACUUUCAAACAGCGGCGCAUCAAACUGGGAUUCACACAGGGAGAUGUGGGCGUGGCUAUGGGAAAACUCUACGGUAACGACUUCAGUCAGACCACCAUCUCUCGGUUCGAAGCCCUGAACCUCAGCUUUAAAAACAUGUGCAAACUCAAACCUCUGCUGGAGAAGUGGCUCAGUGACGCAGAAACCAUGGCGGUGGACAGCAUGCUGCCCAGCCCCUCCUCUCUCUCCUCCCCUCUGUUGGGGAUGGAGGGUCUCCCGGGGCGACGCAGGAAGAAACGCACCAGCAUCGAGACCAACGUCAGACUGGUCCUGGAACGCAACUUCCACACGAACCAGAAGCCUACCUCUGAGGAGAUCCUGAUGAUGGCCGAGCAGCUGAACAUGGAGAAGGAGGUGAUCCGCGUCUGGUUCUGUAACCGCAGACAGAAGGAGAAACGCAUCAACCCCUCCACCAGCACCACCCCCCCACUGCCUCAGAGCUCACCUGGUCUGGGGCACAAGGGGCCCGGAUACAGCCCCCACAUGAUUUCCAGUCCGGGUUUGUCCCAAGUCGCCACCAGCCUCAGCACAACAGUCGCCAGCUCGUCUCCCUCCGCCUCCUGCCCCAUGACUCCCGCAGGCUCCGCCUCCUCCUCUGUGACUCCGCCCCCUCACAGCACCGCCAGCCCCACCAGCCUCAGCGCUCACAUGCUCAGCUCUGGGAACUCUAUGAUGGGAGUAAGCACAGGGAUGAACCAGGCCCUCAUUGGCAGUAGCCCGUUGGCCACAAUGCAAGCUCUGGCCAGUGGGGGGCAGCUGCCUCUGUCUUCUCUGGAGGGGGGUCCCGGCCACAUGCUCCUGGGCCCUGGUGGCGCCGCAGUGUCAUCUUCCAUGCGGCCCUCUCUCUUCCUUAACCGCCCCGGCUUGCUGCCCAUGAUGAGUGGCUCCUCUAUGGGCAUGGUGGGCGGUGUGGGCGGGGGUAUGGGCGCUCCGAGGGCUUCGUACCCUCAACCCUCUGCGUCCGGCCCAUCCGAGCUCAUGAGCCCCACGUCCUGCCCCGAAGAGUCGCCCUGCUCCAGCCCCGGCUCCUUCUGCUCCUUCAGCGAGGCCUCCCCGCCGCCGCUGGGAGGGACCAUGGCCGACUGA